AUGGACGUCAAAAGCUCAUCUUGCAAAGGAAGAAGAAUCUCUCAUGCCCCGAGGAUGAGGAUUAUGGAUCUUCCAUUGGUGAUUUUGAUUGAAAUUCUUUCAAGAUUGUCAAUUAAGCCCAUUUUUCGAUGUAAGACGGUGUGUAAACUUUGGUACAAUCUUUUAUCUUACGACCCUUUAUUUGCUGACAUGUAUCAAACAAGAUCCCUCAAAUUCCCCUGCAUUUAUCUUUUCGAUGGUGUGGGCAAGCCUUCACUUCUAGAACUCAAAGCAGAGUAUAAUUAUUAUGCUCGCCAUUGUAACAGACCCAUUCAAUUGACCCCUGAGUUUCACUACCCUCCAGGGAGAGUGUUUUUAGUUGGUUUGUGUAAUGGAUUCACUUGUUUCGCGAAUGGUUCGACGGAUAUUGAGAAACAUUCUGUUUAUAUUAGUAAUCCUCUUUUGGGUGAAUAUUUUGAAGUUAAAUUGCCUGAAUGGGAGAUUAGUGUUUGGCGUGUUACUUAUGGAUUUUGCUUUAGCAAAGCGUCUGGAAAGUAUAAGGUUUUGAGAUUUGUAGCUAGAAAGUUUACUAAAGUAUCGGAAUUGGAGGUUUAUACUCUUGGAGUUGGUGAGAAAUGGAGAAAUAUGGGUGAAAUUUCGUGUCCUGUAUGGUAUAAUAAGUUUGACAAGGUUAACAUCAAUGGUGCUCUUCAUUGGAUGGAUAGCGAAAAAAUGACAUCAUUUACUCCUUCGAUAUUGAGACAGAAAAGGUCAAGUCCCUGCCAGCUCCACCGGGAUUGGUAA